CUGCAAGAACUUCCUAAUCUGAAAAAUCAAUCAAGACUGAUGACUUUAGAUCUUUCAGACAACCAAUUACAUGGUGAAAUACCAAACUGGAUUUGGGAACUUGGUAAUGGACGGCUUCGUUUUGUGAAUCUGUCCCACAAUCUCUUUUCAAAUCUGCAAGAAGCUUAUGUUAUCCACCGUCGCGAUUACAUUGAGCUUCAUUCCAAUGUGCUACAUGGAGAAAUCCUAAUAACACCAAGAACAGCCACGUAUAUACAUCACUCAAGUAAUAAUUUUUCCUCUUCUAUCCCUACUGAUAUCGGAAAUCACCUACCCUCUGCCUUUUUCUUGUCUAUUUCGAAUAAUAAAGUUGUUGUAAUCAUCCCUGGAUCAAUAUGCAAUGCAAGUCGACUUGAAGUUCUUGAUUUGUCUAACAAUUUUUUGCAUGGCACAGGACCAUCAUGUUUGAUUGAAAAAAACAGUACUCUGAAGGUACUGAAUCUAAAGGGAAACAAUCUUACUGAAUCUAGGGGGAUUCCCUUCGAACAGAAGUUCCAACCAGGACAGAACACCAGAGUUUCUGCCAUUAACAUCUGA